AAACUGCCAUUUCAUCUUCUUCAUUUGAUUGGCGAGGCAGCUCUUAACUCUUCAAGUCUGGUUCUUGUGAGUGGGAGAGCCAUAAGGAUCAAAUAAAAAAUGGCCAUGGCAUCAGCUACCCUCUCGCUUCCCAGCAUCACGGCAUGCUCCGCCACCAAGACCCAGAGGAGAAUGAAGACGGAGGUAUCCGUCGGAGGCUUCAAUUCAUUUGGCGGUCUAAAGGCACACAACGGCGUCGUCUCGUUAGGGCUUCCUCUGAGCACUGAUCAGUGUUUCGCGAAGAUGGUGAACUCAAUGAGAGCCACCGCAUCGAGUGCAAAAGGAGCAGGGAAGCGAGGUGGCGCUCUCUCAUCCACCUGCAAUGCCGCCGGUGAGAUAUUCCGGAUUGCUGCUAUCAUGAACGGUCUUGUUCUCGUCGGAGUUGCCGUUGGCUUUGUUCUUCUACGAAUUGAAGCUUGGGUGGAGGAGUCCGAGGCUUAGCGGAAUCAUCCAUGGUUAGCAACCUGUAUUUUACUGUAUAAUUGAAUUGCUUUACUCUUCUUUUGCGCAUUAUGACUCAUAAUUAUAAUUGUAUUUGUAUUUGUGAUGUUAAAUUUGGUUCUUAAAAUUCUGUGAUGGAGCACCUACUGCUCGAGCUGCCUGCCCCGAAACUCAAUUUUGUUUAAUUAUAUCUCAACUGUCUGAUUCAGUGGA